CAGGCAAGUAAAGCAUCUAUUACACAGGGCGAGAUUAGUAGUUGCUCGUCAGCGAAUUUACUCGCUGCUAUAAAAGUCGUCAAAUGUAAUCGCAGCUGCUAGUAAACUCGCGGCUCGCUUUUUCCCAGCGAGUAAAGUUGAACACCGGCCUACUUUUCUCGCUACUCGCUCGCAAUGUUUCUCUCUGACGAGUGAAAACGCUCUGUGUAAUAAGCUAAAGCCCGACUAGUUGGAUAAAAUGGCCGAUAUAGUGCGUGUAGGAAUUGUUUUUGUCAGCCUUUUAAUUCGGAAAAAACUUCAAGAACGGUUAAACCAGAAAAAAAGGAAAGCGAGACGGAUGUGGGUCAGGAAUUGGAUUUCAAAACGGGACACACAUGGGGCUUCUAAUAUUUUAUUAAGACAAUUAAAGGAUAAAGAUCCUGUGGCAUAUAGGAAUGUUUUGAGAAUGAGCAAUGAACAGUUUAAUGUACUAUUACAAAUGGUUGACGAAACAAUCCGCAAAAAAGACACAAAAAUGAGGCUGGCGAUUCCAACUGCUACAAAACUAGAAAUAACCCUACGCUUUUUGGCAACUGGUGAUUCGUUCAAAUCACUAGAAUAUUUAUUUCGAGUGCCUGAAUGUACAAUUUCAUUGUUUGUACCCGAAGUACUUGCAGCAAUUUGUCAGGUCCUAAAGCCAUAUAUAAAGAUGCCUUCAACAAGCAAUGAAUGGAAACAAAUUCAAUACAAUUUUUUCCUUCGUUGGAAUUUCCCAAGAUGUUGUGGAGCAAUUGAUGGCAAGCAUGUUCUGAUUAAAAAACCUCCCAAGUCUGGGUCAAUGUACUUUAAUUACAAAAAAACAUAUAGUAUCGUGUUAUUCGCAAUGGUGGACGCAGAUUAUUGCUUUACUUACAUUGAUAUUGGAGCAAACGGCCGAGCUAGUGACAGUGCAAUAUUUAGAGACAGUACUUUGAACAUAGCAAUGCAAAAUAACACACUUAACAUGCCUGAAAAUUCGGUCAUUGUUGGGGACGAUGCCUUUCCAUUGAGAACCAACUUAAUGAAACCCUACAGUAAGUCACAGCUUAAUAAUACUGAAAGGAUAUUCAACUACCGACUCUCUCGCGCAAGAAGAGUAUCGGAAAAUGCAUUUGGUAUUCUUGUGUGGCGCUUCAGAAUAUUUUCAAGACCAAUUCAAUUAAAAGAAACUACAAUUGACAAUGUUAUUUUGGCAGCAUGUAGUCUCCACAACUGGCUAAAAAAAAGUAGACCAAAUACUUAUUUUCCUGAAAAUGCCGUGGAUAGAGAGGAUCUUAACACGGGCAAUAUUACUUUUGGGCAAUGGAGAAACCACGUGAACAAUCUGCCAACGGUUAGUCAUUUGGGAAGCAACAACUACAAAAAUUCUGCAGAGGAAGUAAGACGCAAAUACGCUAAGUAUUUUAUUGAAGACAAUCCUUUACCGUGGCAAUGGAAAAAAGUGGGAUUGGAAUUAGCUUGAACAAUUUUUAUAUUUUUAAGUGAUUUAUUAUUUUUCAAAUUGAUUCUGCUCAAAGUGUUAAAGAAAAUUUAACUUUAUUUGUUAUGUAUAAUUUGCUUAAGUAUGAAUAAAAAAUAUAUAGCUC